UCUGAUGAACCGUGCAAAACAAGUGGACGGGUUGUAUGUGUGAUUAAAAAAUUCCAAAACCAAAUUUGGGAGCGAAAAGGGCCUGAUCGAUCCAUGCCAAAAACCCAUAAUUUGAUAGAUCACGUCUUUUCGACGAUUGUUCGCGGUUCCAGAUUGCUAGAAAAAUCUGAUAAAUCGCUAGCAGCCUGUAGGAUACUUAUUAGUAAAAAUUUUAAAUAUGUUGGGUGAAAUUUAAGUAUUUCAUCAAAAAUCAAAUUUUUGAAUCUGUUAAAAGCGCGCCAAUUUUUGUUUGAUUUGUUAUGGCGCGUACCGCAUGUGUUCAAGUGUUUUGUUGUUAUUGUUUAUUGUUGAUGCAGCAGCCCGAAGAAAAUGAAGCCUCUUGGCUCAUUCUGGAAGUAUGGUGCAGGUGAAGUUAUCAGGAUUGUGUCUUUUAAGGUUGAAGAAGAAUUCAGAGAUGGUGAUAGAUACCAUGGAUGUAUUUAUCGGUAAGUUUUUAGCAGUUUAUGGUGCAUGAUGAGGAUGCUGUUAAAAAUUACAAUUAGGCGGGCUUCGUUCUCUUUACUUGGAGAAAUAGCGGAUGAGAGGGAACUGUUCCAAACCGAUAGAUGCUGCGAGGUAGUGGAAAAGGAUCUGAGGUGCUGUGUAAGUGUUGCUGCCACACAAGCUGAAGGGGAAGACAUAUACUUCUGUAGAUACAGGUUGGAAAUGAAUUACGCAUUCAAGCUGCCAGUCGAUUUUGUGUCCGGGUUGAAAUGCUCCGGUGGAAGGGCGUGGUGGAAAAUUGGCAAUGCAAAAGUUGUGGCUAGCGGAAUUAAUGGUCAACCCACAGUGGAGUAUUUAGGCAUGAUGAUCUCAAGACACACUUGUGUUGCCGUUGAAUGUGAAAAACAAGAGCUGCUCUCAAUUAUGAGGGUUGAAGGCAUCAUUCUACCGGAGGGUGUGAAGGCAGGUAGUUCAAGAUCUGCUUGUAAAAUCAGGCUGAGGGCUGCAGCAUUUGAAAGGGAUGGAAAUGCCAAGGCUGAAAAUACGUUAAUUCUCACAAAUUGUUCCCGCAUCGUUCCACUGAGUCGUGUUCAGCGCGUUGUGCAGGUCUUCUUUGCUGCAAGCAGGAAGGAAAUGAUGUUUACUCCAACAACGAGCUUCACAGGCGUUCCAUCCUUCUCGUGUUGUGCGGUGAAAGAAGCUGAAUCUGGUCGCGUGCAAGAAAUUGGUCACCCUGCAAAAUAUCAAAUCAUGGCUGCUAUUUCAAGUGGCCCUCGCAGACCUCUGCGCUGCCUUGAUCUGUUCGCUGGCUGCGGAGGAAUGAGUGUCGGGCUUGAAAUGAGUUCGCUGACCAGAACCUUGUGGGCAGUGGAUUCAAAUGAAAUAGCCUGCAGCACAUUCAAGCGAAAUUUUCCACAGGCUAGCGUAUAUUGCGAUUAUGUCGAGCAUUGGCUGCAGCAAGUGAAAAGAUUGGGACAAGGUUUACCACAGCAGGGUGAGGUGGAGGUCAUUAUCGGCGGUCCUCCAUGUCAAGGAUUUUCUCAGUGCAACAGGCAGAAGAAAAGCAAGAGAGCAUCAAUGAAUAUCAGCCAGACUGGAAUAUUCAUGGAAGUAGUGAAAUUUCUCAAGCCCCGUUUCUUCAUCAUGGAAAAUGUGAAGGAAAUUGUUACACAUGACAAGGGGAAGCAUCUCAGGGAAGCUCUAAAAACCGCUCUGGACCACGGUUACCAGGCGAGGAUGAUGGUGCUUCUAGCUGAUGAUUUUGGAGUACCUCAACUUAGGCAGAGAUUUUUCCUUGUUGGGGCUCUUGGCAAUGAAGAACUCCCUGACAUCCCGCGGAGAACACACCUGUCUGGAAGGAAGUGCCACAAGCUGCAGUGCGGCAGUUGCCCAUUGGAUUUCUCUACUGAAGAGCCUGCAAUUUUUGGACCUGUUACUGUCCGGGAUGCAAUUAGUGACCUGAAGGACUUGGAGACCACACUCGGGGCGAAACCAUACCCGCUUGUGCAGUCUGCCUAUCAGGCAAAGAUGCGCCGAGGCAGUGAUAGAGUUAAACUUCAUAGGAUGGUAAAACCACUAUCUCGAGUAGACCAGGUCAGAAUAAGCAAGAUCAAGCCUGGAGAGGACUGGUCUGUUUUGCUGACUGAGCCUGCAGAUCAAUGCGGGCUGCAAGGAACAAAUCUGGCUCCAAGCAUGCUUUCCAGAACAGGGCCACGCAAUGGCUGGUGGAAGGGCGCCUAUGGACGGCUCGAGUGGAACAAGAAGUUUAAAACUAUAAUUGCCUCGCAAAAUUUGGCAUCAAAGAGUGGAACCCUAAUUCACCCACAAGUUGACCGGACCAUUACGCUGAGGGAAAUCGCUCGCGCCCAGUCAUUUCCAGACAACUUUGUCUUCAGAGGCACCCCAAGGGCAAUUCAGAGGCUGAUUGGAAAUGCUGUGCCACCCCUACUGGCAGAGUGCAUUGGUUUCUCGUUUCAGCAAUGAAUUACUGCAGGAUGGCCAAGUCAGGGAUCCUCAACAAGCACUAAUGGCUACCCUUCUUCACAGUAGAGUUCAACCCGGG